ACACGUAGUUCCAGUAAACAAUCACAACAUCAAAUUUCGACGGACACGCAGAGGAAAAUUUUCCCGCAGUAAAAAAGCACGCAACAUUAGGCUAGCUCGCAAACAAAUAGCCUUACACCAGCCGAUAGCCCCCACAGUUCACCUGCAACCCGGAGGGACAAUGCAUCGCCUAACGCUGACUACCCUCAUGUUAGCCAAUUUCGGCAGUAUGAUUCCCGGGAUCGUUUAUGUGAGGAUAAAAAAUGAACGAGGCCCGGCGGCAGUACAGGCCGGUCUAAGCUGUCUGGAACUGCUGACCAAUACGUUCUUCUUCGCGACGGAUUCCGUUCAAAUUCAAAAUAUUGUAGUGUUUCAUCUGCAGCAUCUAAGCUCACCGUCGCGGGAAAUCGAGAUAGGAUUUCUGCAAAGUCACCACGCCCAGUACACCGAAAAAGGACACCGCGGAGAUCACCAGUUUCAGUUGAAGGUGAUGUCCGACAAACAGCCACUGAGUAAAAUUCGUAACAUACAGUUUAUUGAUCACAAACUGAUUGAUUUUUAUGUGAUUGUGAUCGACGGGUAUGGCAAACUGGAGCGAGCAAUGCGAUACGUGAGUGCUUCGUAUUCAUUCAACCCGAGAGGAAAGUAUGUGAUCUUACACAAUAACCCGGACGAGCGAGAUCAGGAUGAUCAGUAUGCUUUGCAAGUGCUGAAUUUUAUGUUCAUCAACCAUCACUCAGUUAAUGUAUUGGUGGCGUUUGCCAUUGAUUUGAUGACCUACAACGUGUACACGGGAGAUCCCUAUCACGGGGAGGAAAACGACUGCGGUCAAAUGAAAACGCUGAAGGUUGCAACGAUAGUGAAUGGAACGUAUAAGAACAAAGUUCUAGCCGAAACAAUGAUCCAGAUGCCGAAAGUUCCUCCGCAAAUGGAACACUGCACAUUUCAGUUCUGCACAAGGGUAGCCUCUCCGUUUAUCGAUUAUGGUUGCCAAUCAGGACUAGAAAUCGAAAUUAUGCAGCUGUUGCAAGAAUCGAUGAAGUUUAAAGUGAACGUUUCUUGCAGUACUAUGGAACGCGGCGAACUGCUGGAAGACGGAAUUCAUUGGUCUGAUCUGCUGGGGAUGGUUCGAGACGAUUUCUGUGAUAUCAUUGCAGGAUCAUUCUAUCCAGAUUAUGAUGUUCACAUGGAUUUUGCUGGAACGACGCUCUAUUUUCUCGAUUAUUACACGUGGUUCGUUCGGAAAGCUGGUCUCGCAAACCAUUGGAAAGUAUUGCUGAGUAUUUUCGAGUUGGCUACUUGGAAGCUGUUAGCUGCUGUUUUGUUAGUAUCAUCCGUAGCCUGGUUUUUCAUCGGGUACAACCUUCCAGAGGCUAACGCUCACAAGCAAUUAGCUAUCUGUUUCCUGAAUACCUGGUGCGUUUUCUUGGGAAUAUCAUCCAACAACCGGCCUUGUCGCAAUUCGCUUCGCUUUUUCUUCAUCACACUCGCUAUCUACGGAAUGAACGUUACGACUAUCUACACAUCAAAACUCAUUUACGCAUUUACUUCACCGCCCCGAUCGUAUCAAAUCGAUACCGUGUCGGAGAUUCUGGAUAGUAACGUACUGCUUGGGGGUCGAAUGGAGUACGAAGACUGGUUCAGGCAAGGUGACAAAGAAGAUCUUCGCGUUUCCGCCCGGUACGAUAAUUCGGAACCGUUUCAACCGUCCCCCGCCAAUCUACGGGCCGUCGCCGAAGGACAGCGGGUGAUUCUGAUGAGUCGAAUGUAUGUUCUGCAUAGCCACUAUCGCAACGAUAUACACGGUCUGACGAAGGAUGUGUUCGCCAACCAGGUGGAGAUGAUCGUGGAGAAGGGAUUCCCACUGCUGCCGAAGUUCAACCGGAUCAUAUCGAAUUUAAACGAUAUGGGAAUCACCGGGAAGCUGUUCGAGGACUUUGUUUAUAAUGUAACAUUCUUGGAUAGAAUACGGGAAACGCUACAUCCGGACGAGGAUCACUAUGAGGAGGUGGAGAGUGAGAUUGUGUUGACACUGGAACAUUUACAAAGUGCAUUUUUCACCUACGUACUGGGAAUCGGCAUCAGUGGAUUUAUUUUUCUGGUUGAACUGAUAGCAAUUACAGAGCAAAUUAAACGAGUUACCGGUUAUGUUGGAAAUAUGUUUGAUAAUAUCAUGAUUUGGCUUAAAUUGCGUGAGCCUCGGGCGAGAACUAUGAAGAUUAGGAAAAGAUUACGCACAAAAACUGUUCGAAGAACAAAAAUAUUCUAUUGACAGAUGCACGAGCUCGGUUUGUAUUUUGCUAUGCGUUGUAGAAAAUAAAUAAUAUUUUAUGCAUUGUCCUUUUAGUCGA